AAUUUAGUCUAAAGAAUACCGAGGAGGGAGUAAUUUAUUCUGUGCAGGCCAAGCGCUUUAUUAAAAGGUAAAGCGGACCUUGGCAAGAGGAUAGGCAGUGAGUUAUGGCGUUGGAAGCUACUUCCAUUAUCGUUCUUGCUGUAGCACUUGCUACCCUUUUGCUAAUUGCAAACUCUCUCAGAAGUAAAAUUUAUAACACGGCAAAGGCAAAGCUACCGCAGCCUCCAUCAUGGCCAAUAAUUGGGCAUCUUGCUCUGCUAAGAAGGAACAAACAGCCCAUUCACAGAUUUCUAUCCUCUCUUUCAGAGCGCUAUGGGCCCAUCAUGCAUCUCCAACUUGGCUUCCGCCCAGUUUUGGUUAUCUCCUCUUCAGAUCUCGCAGAAGAAUGCUUCACAACAAAUGACAAAGCCUUUGCUUCGCGCCCAGUUCUGUCUGUAGGAAAGUAUAUGGGGUAUGAUUCAAAAUAUUAAGCUUCUCCUUACGGCUCCUACUGGCGAAACAUCAGAAGAAUUUGCAGGCUCCAGCUCUUUACUGCACACAGAAUCGAAUCCUUCAGGCAGGUACGCACGGAGGAAAUUUCCGCUCUCAUCCGUUCGCUGUUGGAGAGUUCAGAUCGAGAGAUGAAUCCAGUGAACAUUAAAUCGAGGCUCUCAGAUCUCACAUUUAAUAUCAUUGUGCGAAUGGUUGCCAGCAAGAGAUUCUCGCCAGAUCUCUGUUCGGAGGAUUUCAAAGAAGCGCAGCAGUUCAAGGAGAUGAUGGAAGAAACUUUCUUGCUAGCUGGAUCAUUUGAUAUUGGCUACUACUUGCCUUUUCUCAACUGGAUAGAUGUGCAUGGAAUAGUGUUUGCCAUGAAGAAUCUUCACAAGAAGAGAGACGUGUUUAUGAAGAAAUUUCUGCAGGAUCACCGAGAGAAGAGAGGGGUACAUGCUAGAGACUUGAUAGAUGUUCUCAUCUCUGCAACAGACAACCAUGAAAUUCAGUCUGACAAUAACGACGAUGUGGUGAAAGCCAUUGCCUUAAGCAUGAUAAAUGCUGGUACUGAAACAUCCGCUGUGACAGUCGAGUGGGCACUGUCAGCACUGAUGAACCACCCUGAAAUUUUGUCGAAAGCCCAUCAAGAACUCGACACACAUGUCGGACGGGACCGGUUAAUGGAGGAAUCAGAUAUCCCCAAGCUAAAAUAUUUGCAGGCAAUUGUGAAAGAAACUCUCAGGCUUUAUCCAGCAGUACCUCUUCUGAUCCCUCAUAAAUCUACCGAGGCCUGCACUGUCGGAGGAUAUCUUGUUCCCGCAGGAACUCAACUGUUGGUGAAUGUGUGGGCAAUUCAACGGGACGCGGCCGUGUGGGAGCGCCCCACGGAAUUCGAUCCUGAUCGUUUUCUCAACAGGGGCAAAGAGAUUGAUGUGAAAGGGCAGGACUUCGAAUUGAUUCCUUUUGGGUCAGGGAGAAGAAUCUGUCCGGGCAUGUCUUUGGCAUUGAUUGUCGUAACGUGCACAUUGGGGCGGCUGCUUCAGAGUUUCGAAUGGUCUGCUCCAGUGGGCACUGUAAUUGACAUGGCAGAGGGACUUGGUCUUUCAAUGCCCAAAUUAAUUCCUUUGGAAGCCAGUAUUAAACCUCGCCUUCCACUCCAACUCUACUGAUACGUCUGCUUACACCAUGGAACAGAGUUUUCACCCCUGACCACAUUGUGGGUCCGAAAUUAUUUAAUUUAGUGGUAAUUGCUCCUAACGUGUAGAGUUUACCGCUGUAAAUAUUGUAAAUCAUGUCAGAUUUUUAAUCUCCUGGUCUUCCUCUUGUAGAUAAAUAGCAUUUACUAACUUUCAGGGUGCUGUGAUGAGCUCAGAAGCAGAAUGUUUUCAGGAUUAUCUUCCACUGAUCAAGGUGGGAGCUUCUCAAUUGAGCUAAUAUCAAAAUAUCUCAAAGGAAGAUGAUUGAAUCUUAUUUGUGUUCGAGGUCAUGUAUAUGAAUGGUUAUAAUUUUUCU